UCUGAACCGUGUUGGCGUCAGCGCCCUCUGCGCUCCAACACUACACUGGCGCCUCCUGCGUCUACCAGCGUUGCCCACCGAGGCCUACCCGACCAUCUUCAACUCAGUUCCUGCAUGAGCCGGGGCCUUAAUUCACCUCGAGGGGCCAGCCCCUCUUACACUCGGUCCUGAGCAGACCCACCCUUAGGAAGGGGUUAAUGGAAAGGCCCCUGGAGGAUGGGGAUGAGUCCUUGGACUUUCAGGGCCACUCCACCGACUGGAGAUUUGCUGUGUGCAGUUUCAUGGAUGCCUGGGAUGAGGAGGAGCCCACACCCGACACUGAGGUUAAGGACCCCAAUACUCCACGAUCACCAGCAGGGGAAGCUCAGGGUGAAGGGUUACAGGGCAGCCUGAUGUCCGGGAAGUUUCAGUCACCCCCAGAAGUGAUGGCUGCGGAUGGGUCAGGGGAUGGCCAGAAGGGCACAUCAGGAGGUUCCUCAGCCCAGUCAGAGGACCCAGCCUCUUCUGGAGUGGAGAGCCUCCUACGCCCCAUGUCCUCCCACCUCAGCCUGGUCGAGGUUAGGAGUGACAGCCAAGUGGGAGACUUGGCAGGGGACCUAGGCAGGGUAGUGGCAGCCAGCUUGGGCCCUGAGAAGUUGGACAGCAAUCCUGUGGACCUUGGAGACCCGUUGUCAGAGACAGCAUCAGAGCUGCUGGAGACAGAUCUCAGAGGAUCCUGUCCCCCCAAGUCCACUGAUUGCCUCUUGGCCCAAGACCUUGCUUUCGAACUGCUGGCCAGUGGCAUGGCCACCCUGCCAGGGACUCGGGAUGCAGAAGGCCGGGCAGUGCUGUUUCUGUGCACCCACAGUGCAGCCUGGCUUCACCCCAAGUGCAGCAGCCGUGAGCUCGUCCGCCUCCUGCUCUACCUGCGAAGCAUCCCCAGGCCCGAAGUACAGGCUCUGGGACUGACUGUGCUGGUGGAUGCCCGCAUUUGCCCCCCAAGCUCUUCUCUUUUCUGGGGGCUUAGCCAGUUGCAGGUAGCAGCUCCAGGGUCCGUGCACCAGGUGCUGCUAAUAGGAAAGAUGCCAGAGGAAGUGCCUUCCAGGCUGCAGCUGGAGUGGGUAUCCUCUCAUCACAGUCUGCUGACCCACAUCCCCACCACGGGGCUGCCCACUUCCCUAGGAGGAGGCCUGCCUUAUUGCCACCAGGCCUGGCUAGACUUCCGGAUGCAUCUAGAAGCCCUACUGCAGAGCUGCCAGGUGGUUUGUGCCCUGCUUCAGGGGGCUAUUGAGAGCUUGAAUGCGAUACCUCGGCCCAUGGAGUCUGGGGAAGUCAGCCAGCUGCUACGGCAGGCACGAGUCCUGAUGCAGCAGGUGCUAGACUCGCCACGGCUGACAUGGCUGCAGUGCCAUGGGGGCUUGGAGCUGGCAUGGCUGAAGCAGGAAGCCCCAGAGGUUACUCUGAGCCCAGACUACAGGACGGCAGUGGAUGAGGUUGACAAGCUGUAUGGCCAUGUGGAUGGACUGCUGCACCAACUGACCCUGCAAAGCAACCGGCGAGUCCAGGCUCUGGAGUUGGUACAGGCGCUGGAGGCCCAGGAGGGUGUACUGCACCAGAUUGAAGUGUGGCUACAGCAGGUGGGCUGGCCAGCACUGGAGGAGCCAGGGGAAUCCUCACUGGACUUGCUGCUCCAGGCCAAGGGCUCUUUUCAGGAGCUGGACCGGGCUGCCCAGGAGCAGAUCAGGCAAGCGGAGAAGGUUCUACAGCCACUGGCUGGCUGGGAGGUGGCUGAACUGGGCUCCCCUGGAGCCCGCUUUCUGGCCCUGAAAGCCCAGCUGACUGAAUUUUCCAGGACUUUGGCCCAGCGGCACCAGCGGCUGGCAGAUGCUGAGAAACUGUUGCAAUUCUUCAAGCAGGCCUCGACAUGGGCUGAGGAGGGCCAACGGGUGUUGGCAGAGCUGGAGCUGGAGCCCCCAGGGGUUGUGCUACAGCGGCUGCAGCUGCACUGGACCAAGCACCCUGACCUGCCUCCCGCCCAUUUCCGAAAGAUGUGGGCUUUGGCCACGGGGCUGGGCUCAGAGGGCAUCCGCCAGGAGUGCCGCUGGGCCUGGGCACGGUGCCAGGAUACCUGGCUGGCCCUGGACCAGAAGCUAGAGGCUGCACUGAAGGCACCACCAACAGGCAGCAGAAGUAGCCUGUGUGUCAGCAGGGUCCCAGCUGCACAUGCUCCCCCUCCCCUAAGGAAGGCAUACAGCUUUGAUCGGAAUCUGGGGCAGAGCCUCAGUGAGCCUGCCCACCACUGCCACCACGCUACCAUUGCAGCUGCCUGCCAUGGACCGGAGGCUGGGGGUGGUGCCCAGCUUGGGUCAUCCCCCACUGUUCCUCCACCAGGCACCUCUGAGCCCAGGAGCCCCAACAGGCUACAACUGGUGCUGGCGGAGAUGGUAGCCACGGAGCGAGAAUAUGUCCGUGCCCUUGACUACACCAUGGAGAACUACUUCCCUGAGUUGGAUCGCCCUGAUGUGCCCCAGGGCCUCCGUGGCCAGCGUGCCCACCUCUUUGGCAACCUGGAGAAGCUGCGAGACUUCCACCGGCAUUUCUUCCUGCGGGAGCUGGAGGCCUGCACCCGACAUCCGCCCCGAGUGGCCUAUGCCUUCCUGCGCCAUAGGGUGCAGUUUGGGAUGUACGCGCUCUACAGCAAGAAUAAGCCUUGCUCUGACGCCCUGAUGACCAGCUAUGGCCACACCUUCUUCAAGGAUAAGCAGCAAGCGCUGGGGGACCACCUGGACCUGGCCUCGUACCUGCUAAAGCCCAUCCAGCGCAUGAGCAAGUAUGCUCUGCUGCUGCAGGAGCUGGCGCGGGCCUGCGGGGGCCCAGUGCCGGAGCUCAGUGCCCUGCGGGCGGCCCAGAGCCUCGUGCGCUUCCAGCUGCGGCACGGCAAUGACCUGCUGGCCAUGGACGCCAUUCAGGGCUGCGAUGUUAACCUUAAGGAGCAGGGGCAGCUGGUGCGACAAGACGAAUUCACGGUGCGUGCUGGGCGCCACAAGUCCCUGCGCCGCGUCUUCCUCUUUGAGGAGCUGCUGCUUUUCAGCAAGCCUCGCCGUGGGCCCACAGGCAUCGACACAUUUGCCUACAAGCGCUCCUUCAAGAUGGCAGACCUUGGCCUGACUGAGAGCUGUGGGGAUGGCAACCUGAGCUUUGAGAUCUGGUUCCGUCGUCGCAAGGCCAGGGACACCUUUGUGCUGCAGGCUGCCAGCUCAGCCACCAAACAGGCCUGGACCACGGACAUCUCCCGCCUGCUCUGGAGGCAGGCAGUCCACAAUAAGGAGGUGCGCAUGGCAGAGAUGGUGUCCAUGGGUGUGGGGAACAAGGCCUUCCAGGACAUUGCCCCCAGCGAGGAAGCUAUCAAUGACCGUACCAUCAACUAUGUCCUCAAGUACCGAGAAGUUCGCUCUCGGGCCUCCAUUGCUGUGGCCCCGCUUGACUACGACAGCCCCUACCUGGGGGCCUCCAACUCCCUUCCUGGAGACCCUGCCUCUUCCUCUGUCCUGGGGCCCCUCAACCUGCACCUGUACAGAGACCCAGCUCUUCUGGGCCUCCGCUGGCCCCUGUAUGCCACCAACUUCUUGGAGGAAGCACUGCUGGAAGCUGAAGCAGAGCUGGGCAGCCAGCCCUCUUUGACUCCUGAGGACUCAGAAGUUUCGUCCCAGUGCCUAUCAGCCAGUGGCUCCAGUGGCUCUGACAGCAGCUGUGUGUCAGGGCAGGCCCUGAGCAGGGGCCUGGAGGACUUGUCCUAUGUGAGUGCCCUUUUUACCAGCCCUUCCCCAGCCCAACCUGGGUCUCUGGCUACCUUUCCUUUAGGUGGAGCUGGAGGCAGGUAGGCCAGAGCCAUUCCCCAGAGACCUCACUUAGACCACGAGCUGGGGAAACUGACAUUCAUGCCCCAACUGGCACCACAGGUCUGAGCCCAGGCUUGAAGAUGGUCAGUGGAUCCAGCAGUCUGUGGCUCCAGGAAACAUCCCCUCUCUCUGGAUCUGCUGUAACCAGGGUGUGGCUGGCCCGUGGGUCCUCCCUGCCCACAUGGACAGCCCCAUUGACUACCCUUUCUGAUAUCUGUGCCCACUGGACAGACCACAGGGGCCUCUCUGGGAAAGUCUGGCUGCACUGCCUGAACAAGCACCUGGAUCCCCGGCCCCUGGCCUCGUGUGUCCCCCUUUCAUGUCCCCCCUUUCCAGCCCCUGCACCCCAAGUUAGGGUUUAAGAUUAGGCUAGAGCUAAUGUUUCACGCUCUAGGCUGGUGGAGCAUCCUAGACAGGUGGGUACCCAGCAGCUGCUUCCCAGGCCUUGACCUGAAGCCAAGUUUCCCAAACUUAGGGGCAAGCCCACCCCUAUUGGGCCCUGAGCCUUCCCUGUCUGGGCUCUGCAGGCCCAGUCCCUUCUUUCCUGAGUCGUUUGGUUAUUUUGACUCAAUGCCUUUUGAACAGCUUUCAAUUAGAGUUGUCAAAAAUUACAUCACUUGUUUGAUCUUUGGCUUCUUGGAGAGGGAGUCCAGACCUUGACUUAUGGAUUACUCUUUUAUUUGUUUACAAUAAAAAGUAGAAUGAUAUGCACCCUUGGGUAGGCCCAUGCUUUCUGGGGGCACCUCCAGUUAAAAUGAGCCUUGGCCAGUGGGGGUCUAUGGGACAACAUCUCUGGGCACCCUAGCCCUCUUGUAAGUACUUGCCCAGGAUUGAGUAGGAGACAGACCUAGACAGGCCUCUCUGGAUGAGCAGUUCCAUGCAGCGGCCAUAUUUCCUGGCGAAAGGCAAUGUGAGCUGGAAGGAAAAACCUGUCUUACUCAUUUGCCUCCUAGCUCUGGGUAGGCAGGGGUCCCCCCAUGGGGCAAGUGUGGGACAAGCCAGUUGUUGGGACCUUUGAUAUCCGCAGCCUCAGUUCUUCCCAAAGGCAUCUCACAGGCUUGGGGGCUAGAAAUGGCUACCAAGGACUUGAUCAGAAUGACUGGAGGACCCGAAAUGUUUGUUUUCUGUCCCUGGUUUUCUACUUUCCAGCUAUCAGUGUUGACUUCACUGUUAUAAUUAAUAGACAAGCCAGAGACCUAAUAGGAACUGAGUACUAGUGUAGCUAUGGUGAAACGCGUUCCGAUUCAUUUAAUUAUU